AUGUUGAAACUUGAAGCCAACUGUGAAGAUUUCACCGAAAAUACAUUAAUCUCUUACCAGAAUUUUUUUUUGAGCAACCAAGAACCACCUACACCAGUGAAACUAGCUGUUGAUUUACCGAUACAAACUCAAAAACAGCUAGAUACUCAAACUAAUCAUUUAACCAAUUUAACUCACACAUAUAUAGCUGGUAAUAUUGUCAAAAAGUUAAAUCAGGAAAUUUUAAAAAACUGUGAUGAAUGUUUGAAGAAAAUUUGUUCUAAUCAGGUAACUCAAGAACAUGAAUUGAUCGAUGCCCGAGAAUAUAAAGGCAAUAAAAUGAUGUUUUUGAAAUACCCUGCGACAGAUUUUCGAAUUUUAAUUCAUAAUGUAAUGAUGUAUGUAAGUGGUAUUUUACCAACUAAAUGCCACUCUCCUGAAAUAGGAGUGAUAUUGAUAAAUUAA